AACUGCGAUAGGCGUCACUGACCAUCAUCAUCAGUAGCAAUCACACGCAGACGUUUUAUGGCAUUAGUUUUGUCGGCAACUAAAAUUUUGACUGUCGUUCAAUUAUAAUAUUAUACAAAAGUGAAAAAAUAUUACAAAAUGUCGACAGUAGCUAGUCCUUUAGUUGUUGGUGGUGUUCGACAAUCUGGAGCUCCUGUAAGAACACAAAAUGUCAUGGCUGCUUGUGCAGUUGCUAAUAUAGUGAAGAGUUCUCUGGGUCCUGUUGGCUUAGAUAAAAUGCUUGUAGAUGACAUUGGUGAUGUUACUGUUACUAAUGAUGGAGCAACUAUUUUACGUUUACUUGAAGUUGAACAUCCAGCUGCAAGAGUUCUAGUAGAAUUAGCUCAACUACAAGAUGAAGAAGUUGGAGAUGGAACUACAUCAGUUGUAAUAAUUGCAGCUGAAUUAUUAAAAAAUGCUGAUGAACUUGUAAAACAGAAGAUUCAUCCAACAUCUGUAAUUAGUGGUUACAGACUUGCUUGCAAGGAAGCCUGUAAAUACAUUCAAGAGCAUUUAACAGUUGGGGUAGAAGAGCUUGGAAGAGAUUGUUUAGUUAAUGUAGCAAAAACUUCUAUGUCCAGUAAAAUUAUUGGAGCUGAUGCUGACUUUUUUGGUAACAUGGUUGUGGAUGCUGCAAAUGCAAUAAAAGUUAAUGAUGGAAAAGGAGGAUUCCUAUAUCCUGUGAAAGCAGUUAAUGUUUUAAAAGCUCAUGGAAAAAGUGUUAGAGAGUCCAUAUUAGUGCAGGGCUAUGCACUGAAUUGUACUGUAGCUUCUCAAGCCAUGUCUAAAAGAAUAGUGAAUGCAAAGAUUGCAUGUCUAGAUUUUUCUUUGCAAAAGACAAAAAUGAAAUUAGGUGUUGAGGUACUAAUUACAAAUCCUGAAAAAUUAGAAGCAGUGCGACAACGGGAAGCAGAUAUUACAAAAGAACGUAUUCAAAAAAUUCUUGCAGCAGGGACAAAUGUCGUUCUUGUAUCUGGCGGAAUUGAUGAUCUCUGUUUAAAGUAUUUUAUAGAAGCUAAAGCAAUGGCAGUUCGUAGAUGCAAAAAGGCAGAUUUGAAAAGAAUUGCAAAAGCAACAGGUGCACAAUUUCUUACUUCUUUAACUAAUAUGGAAGGAGAAGAAAGUUUUGAUAGUAGUUUUCUUGGGGAAGCUGCAGAAGUAGUACAAGAAGUAAUAUGUGAUGAUGAACUUAUUCUGAUUAAGGGACCCAAAACAAGGACAGCAAGUUCUAUGAUAUUACGAGGGCCAAAUGAUUAUUAUUGUGAUGAGAUGGAGCGAUCUGUGCACGAUGCAUUAUGUGCAGUAAAACGAGUUUUAGAAAGUAAAAGUGUGGUUGCAGGAGGAGGUUGUGUCGAAGCAGCACUUUCAAUAUAUUUGGAAAAUUUUGCUACAUCACUAAGUUCUCGAGAACAAUUAGCUAUUGCUGAAUUUGCAAGAUCAUUACUGGUUAUACCGAAGACGUUAGCAGUCAAUGCCGCACAGGAUGCAACUGAUCUUGUUGCUAAACUACGUGCUUAUCAUAAUUCCAGUCAAACAAAAGUAGAUCUUGCAGAUCUAAAAUGGGUUGGUUUAGAUUUACUUGAAGGUACUAUUAAAAAUAACAAACAAGCUGGUGUAUUGGAACCAGCAAUUUCAAAAAUAAAAUCUUUGAAAUUUGCUACCGAAGCAGCGAUAACCAUUCUUAGAAUCGAUGAUAUGAUUAAACUAGAUCCUGAACGUACAAAGGAUAAAUCAUACCACGACGCAAUGGAAUCAGGAGAAUUAGAAGAGAAUUAGAAGAGAAUUUAAAAUGCAUUUAUCCAUCUCUUUUUCAAUA